AAGAAGAAGAAAAGCCCAUUAAAUUCUAUCUCUCUUUCAGUUUCAGGUUGUUUUUCUUUUUUUGGACUUUUAUCUGAUUUUGGGAUUUCAUAUUUCUCUUUUGAGAAAGAAAACAGAUAUGGGGAGGGGUAGGGUUCAGCUGAAGCGCAUAGAGAAUAAGAUCAACCGCCAGGUUACGUUUUCCAAAAGGAGAGGUGGGCUACUGAAGAAAGCUCACGAGAUCUCUGUGCUCUGUGAUGCUGAGGUUGCUGUGAUUGUUUUCUCCCACAAGGGCAAGCUCUUUGAGUACGCCACUGAUUCUAGCAUGGAGAAAAUACUUGAACGCUAUGAGAGAUAUUCAUACGCAGAGCGACAGCUUGCUGCAGCUGAUUCUGAAGCACAGGGAAACUGGACACUGGAGUUUGCUAGACUCAAGGGUAAGGUGGAGCUUUUGCAAAGAAACCACAGGCACUAUUUGGGAGAUGAUCUGGAAUCACUAAGUCUCAAGGAGCUUCAACAUUUGGAGCAGCAGCUUGAUACUGCUCUUAAACACGUUCGAACAAGAAAAAACCAACUUAUGUACGAGUCAAUCUCGCAGCUUCAGAGAAAGGAGAAGGCAAUACAGGAGCAGAACACCAUCCUAGCAAAGAAGAUCAAAGAAAAUGAGAAAACUGCGGCACAGCAGGUAGACUGGGAGCAGCAGAACCAAGGCCCUAAUGGAUCAACAUCGUUUCUGCUGCCACAGCCACUUCCCUGCUUAAACAUUGGUGGCAGUUACCAGGAAGAAGCGCCAGAAGUGAGGAGGAACGAGCUGGAGCUCACUCUUGAGCCAAUAUAUUCAUGUCACCUUGGAUGCUUUGCCGCUUAAACUGUGGGGGAAGAAAGACACUUCUACCUGCAUAUAUAACUUUGGUUUCUCUUGUAAUAAAUAUUUCGAAUCCUGCAUGUUAUCUU